ACGGCCGAUGGCCGCGUCGCGUUGUGAAUUUUAUUUGCGUACAGUUUUAUUGUUUACGUAUUGACGAUAGAUUUAGCAUUGUUUGUUGAUUGUCUAUCUAAUAUCUGUUACAUGUUUGUAGUGUUGAGUGUUUUAUACACGUUAUUGUGUGAUAGCACGUGUUUUUUUACCGUAGCGAAUUCAUAACAUCGGUCUACUUUGUUCCUGUAACCGUAACCUGCCUGCCCUGCGGAUUUUAAAAGAUACCCCAACGCCUUCAACGCCUACCUCCAAGCCUUAGCCUGUAUUCAUCACUGCCAAUUAUUCCGCCCAAAAGGCGCUUGAUGUCGCCAUGCUAGACAAGACUCAUAGAUGUAAGAGCGUUCAAAACGAUAGCCAAAACGAGGACUGGUGGUGUACGUGACAGGGUCUGAAUUCGGAGGACGACAUGAGCCAGUCAGCGGACGAGGCCCGCGCGGCCAGGAUCCAGAGAUAUAAGGAAGAGCGGAGAAAGCAGCUCACCGCAAGAACAGCCACUUUAUUCUCCGCUAACGUUACUGAAAGGCGUCCAAAAAAAGCAGCUACUCGGUCUCCUUUAGAAGAUACUGUUACGAACCUCAAGUCUUCCUCAGAAUUAAACUUGAAUACAGCCUCAACUUCAGUGCCUAUAAGAACCACGCGAACUUCGCGCCUGAGAGCUGCCGCGACCAACAGUUCAGAAUCUUGCCAGUUGACGAAAAAAUCAAACAGAAGCUCAUCUGUGCAAAAUCUGCUAGAAGAUGAAAAAAAUAAAAUACAAAAAACCGCGAAAAUUAUAGAUAGAGAUAAAAUACGAACAAAUUCCAAUAGAAAGCAGAGCCACGAAAAAGAAAAUCUGAAAAGCGCGUCUACUACAUGCUUUCCCGAAAAAGAUAAUGGUGCUAUUAGAUCAAAACUUAAACAUUCCAGUAAUAAAAGUAAUUUAGAAAAAGACAAAAAUAAUUGUUUAGUCAUUAGUCCUAAAGGAAAAAACGCUGACGAAAAAAAUAGUUUAAAAUUAGACGAAAAGAAAUCGAGAGUAUCUGUGACUGAGGAAAUUAAAUUAGUUAGUUUAACUGAUGACGAUAAGAGUGUUGACGUUGAUGACAUAUUGAAUGAUAUUCUUGGUGAUAAAAGUAAUUCGAAUAGUCCGGAGAGAGAUAGAUUUGAUGUUUUAUAUAACGACUUGAUUGAUGAAAAUAAGAAAGUUAAAAUAGAAGUUAACGACGUUCCUGUACAAAAUGAUUUGCCUCAGGAGAAGGAGCUCAAAAGUAUUCGCAAUGAUGCAUACAUUCCCGUUAAAGAAUCGAUAGCUGUUAGUAAACCUGAUGAUAUUGUGAAAGUGGAAAGAUGUGUUGUGCCAAAAAAUGUGAAGACUGAAGUGGGGUUAUUGGGUGCUGUGUGUGUUCGUAAAGUAGAAAGGUUUAGUGAGUUGCUUAGUAAUUUAUGUUCUCCCUGUGAAGCUGAUAUCUUAUUUGAGGACAUUCUUGUUGAAAAUGGGAUUGACGGUGUAAACAGCCCGCGUGCCAAGGCACCAGAAUGCACGCCGCCAUGCCGUCGCGCGCAGGUCUCUCCGCGUGUCACAAGCACGCCGAAGCGUGCGCCUGCGCAGCCGCCAGUCGACGCAGACGGAACUGCUGCGAAAUCAAAAAGUCGUCGGUCUAUCGAAGCACCUCAUCAGAAGAACGAAACAGCACUACAGUCUUCAAAAAUAUCCCCUAAAAAUAGCACUGCACAUUUUGGCUUUAAAUCCAUAUCCAUUAAAUCUUCAUCGAGCAAAACCCCUGAGAAGCGUAGAAGUUUUGAUAGUAGCAACGGUAAGCCGAGUUGCAUUCCCUUGUCCAAAAAAACUACAGAAAAGCUGCCACAAAAUUCAAUAUCACCAGUAAAACACGAAUCAACCAGAGAACUAGUUACAUUGAGAGCACAAAACUCAAAAUCAAAACUGGAAUCUAGGAAUAGAAGUUUUCGAAAAAGCCCUGACAAAGCAAAAAGUGAUUCAGAAAACUCGCGAAGCGAUAGAAUACAUCGAGCUCAAAAGGAUAGUGAAAGUCUUAACGAAAAAUAUCAUGAUUCAAAGAAAAGACUGACUAGUUUAGAUAAUUCUCCGAAACGCGGUAUUGAUAAUAAAAACUUAACUAGUAAAUUUUUAUCAAAUGAUAGUUCUUACGAAAAAUUCAACCUGGAUUCGAACGUCAGUGAGUUAAAUAAUUCUAAAUCUACCAAUAAAAUGUCUACACUUCACGAAACUGUGAGACCACAUGCAAGUUCCCGACUUUCACAAGAAAUGGACAGUCUAGCUGCGUUGACUAAACAAACGUUAGAUAGAGUUAAUAAAUUAUCGAAUAACUUAACUAGUAGUAAGGUUCAUGUGACUUUGGCUGAUACUCCUCGCUAUGAUACUUUAUUUGUUUCAAGCAUUGAAAAACAAAAUAGCAAUCAUGCUUAUAAUUAUGGUAUUAGUAAUGAAAGACCAGUUACAAACAGAGGAGUAACAGAAAGAUUAAACGAUAUAGACACGGCAGGUCAGAGGCUUAUCGACUUUGAGACACAAAGUGCAAUUUUUUCUGAUCUCAAUAACGAUUCGUCUAGUCAAAGUCGGCGUCUUGAUACUUCGUCGACGCCUCACCAUACGCCUGUGUCAAUAUUAAAAAGAAAGUCAAUCAACGAAGAAAGUAAUAAUACGAAUAUUCCUAACCACACGAUUGCCACUCCACCGGUCACUUUUUCACCGAGUGUGAUUGAACCACGUAACGGUCGCUCUGGUCGUCAAGGUAUUCUGAAGAAACGUCGUAGUUUAGAUGAAUCACAAGUUGCAAGGCGAAGGUCUUGCAGCCCUGAAGUCUCAUUUGCUGAAGAUGGUUCGCCUAAUAAACCGAUACUCAAAAAUAGGAGGUCAUCCUUGGAAGAUGUUAUAAGAAAUCAAUCUCCGGAUGGACAAAUACAAGGAAUAUUAAAAAGAAAAAUGAGCAGAGAAGAGGAACACUUAAAUGAUGACGUUUCACAUGGUUCUCCAGAGCCACAUGGAAUUUUAAAACGAAAAUCAACUUCAAGUUCGAGUAGUAGUACAACUUCCUCUCAUGUAUCUAUUGCUCAGGCAGUGCUGCUGGCAGCUGCGGGUGGCGCUGAAAUCGUCGACGACGACAAAGAAACCGUGAGGCCUAUACUGAAAAAGAAAAGUUUUUCCGAAGAACGACCUUCUCCAGAUAUUUUACUGCCGGAAACACCGAGACCCAUACUAAAAAAGAAAUCGACCGAACACGAUGAAUACGAUUUCGAUCUUCCGAAAAGACCCAUCUUGAAGUCAUCAAAAAAGCUGUCUGGGGAUGAAGGUCAUACUUCUAGUUUCGAUUUGAGCGAAGACGAUCGAAGUUCCCGUAGACCGUCGCUACUCAGAUCACGGACUUCAGACCAUUCUGGCUCAGAAUGUGAGGCGGCAGUAAAACCAAUUUUGAAGCAGAGAGGCUCGAGUCUCACAAGGGAGCGCAGCCAAUCACCGCGCCCGCGCCUCUCAUUCUGCGCAGACAACGAUGUGAACAUUAGUGCGACAAAUUUUAGUAGUGAUGCGAACGACUUGUUGGCGGCUGGGCCGCGACGUGUCAUAAAUAUCGCGACCGACCCGGAAGAAAGUUUCCCGAGUGCAGUAAUCCGACGGCGAAAUUUGCGACCUAAAGCAAAUCCCCGGUCAAUGAGCUUAUUGUGUGACGUGAAUGACGAACUUAUUUCGAUUUUAAACAACCGGCGGUUAAAAGUUGAGGAUAAUUGUGAAAACGGUCAUAGUGACUCUGGAGAUAAAUCCGAUAUCGAAAACAGUCAUAAAUCUUUUCCAUCGAUAGCCUCUCGAAUUAAGAGCAUGGAAGAGGCCCUAACUAAAGACAACUUUUUGAAAGAUCAGCCUUCAACAUCAAAACCAAAAAGUCGUGAUAAGGAGCGGCACAAAACUCAGCCGGUUACAAUAGACGAAAUGAGAUCAGUCACUUCCAGUUUGGAGCCGAGCCAAGCGAAUUUCCAAGCGAUCGGCAUCGCGGGCUGUAGUUUUCCGAGCCGUGUCGUCGAGCCCGGUGCUGUUCUUUUAGACCAGGUCCCCUACGUCGGGGAACCCGAGCGUGAUCCCUUCGCUGACGUAGACUCUCCUACGUACGAUUCCAACCUAUACGGUGAGAAGCUACCAUUAGUCAAUGGUGCCUUAAAAUAUGUUAAGGCUAAGGACGAUAGCUUCGGCGAGGCAACUUUUCUAGAAUUCGAGAAAAUAAGCAAUGGAAAACAAUCCACGUUGGACGAGAUCGAACAAGAAGUAAACAAAGUGCGUGUCGCUCUAGACGAAGACAGCCGUGCCCUCGAUGAGGACGAAAGCAAUCAAGCUGAAGGCGACAAUUGGAGCUUGAACGUCUCCUGCGACAGCGGAGUUUACAACCGAGCCUCGUCCCGGGAUUCGGGACCACAUUCUGGCGAGGAGUUGGGUUUGAUCGAGAGUCAGGAAAUACACGACAACCACGCGUCGAAUAGCAGCAACGAUUGGUCAUCGACGUCUAUUGAGCAGAAUAUAAUUUUCAAUAUGGACCGCGUGAGGAAGUCUACAGAAAACGAAGCCCUUCGGAGUCCAGAAGGGGCAAGCGAUGAGGAAAACAAUGACCAUUCCGGAUUUGCUUUAGGCUUAGUGAAGAGCAAUAGUGUCGUCGCCCGAGCCAGCAUGUGGCAGCAGUUACAACAGCAAGCCAAAGGUCAACCAAGACCGCUGAUUCGUCACAGUCGCUCAAAGGUAAAGGAGGGGCCCCCCGUGACGGAGCGGUUCAAGACACUAACAGCUGUUAAAGCUGACGCAUCUCCAGAACCCACGAGUCCAAAAGAAUCAUUCUCUCUCAAUCAAUCCAAAAGCACUGCAAAUGUCUUAGACAGGGACGAAGAUGCUAAGUUAGACGAAGACGAUCCAGCCAAGAUGUCUCUAGCGGAGAAGAUGAAGAUGUUUAAUUCGAAGUUAACACACAAACCUCCAGUCGCCGGUUUGCCAAGAUCUAAAGAAGAAAGAGUGCCCAGAGCGUCUAGGCUAAGGACGAUGCCGGUCCUUGCAAGUCAAGUUCAGGAAGCUUUGGAUCAAAACGAAAGGAUGUCCAAAUCCCUGACACACGAAGACGUCCCACGUAAUUCGGAUUUUCAACUAAAAAUGGAACUGUUUCGAUCGGCGAGCGCAAAGAAUACGUCUUUAGCGUAUCUAAUGAGACAGAACUCGAAGUUUAGAAGUUUAGAUAUCGAUGACGAUUUGCCAUCGGAACUCGCGCAAAGGAUGAUAACGCCCGAAGUGAGGGGUAUAUUAAAGUCUGGCUCAACUGUGGUGCCUUCGAAGCCACCGACUUUGGCUAAGGGCGAGAGCUCUGAGGGUCUGAAAGACGAAGGCAUCGAUAGUUCAUCGGAUGAAUCCGCAUCGGCGUCUAGCGUGUCAUCCUCCGAAAAGAGUUGCUCCUCAUCAGAUAGUUCCGACGAAGUGCCAGAAAAACCUAGAAGGUUCCAGAGAAAGAACAACAAACUCAAAGCAUCGAGAACAGAGUCGGAUAUCGUUAAACUAAAUCACGAUCCAUUCCCGCGAAAGAUUCCGCUACCAGGAGCUAAUGAGUUAAAGGAGCGUCUGAAUCAAGCGAAAAACCCGGACGUGAAAAUACCCUUAUUGGGAAAACUUGGCAGGAAACCAUCUGAGGAAGUUAAGAGCGACGAUGAUAAAGCUAGGUACAGGAGAUUCGUCAAAAAAAUCGACGAACCACUGCAAUUGGGAAAACUACGGAGGCCAGUCGACAAAGCCGCUUCUCUGGAUGAAAAACCACCGAUACUGAAGAUCUCUGCGCUGAAUCAAGCGGCGAAGAAUAAGUUCUUUGGAUUAGAAACUGAGAAGAAGGAGAAGAGUAUUGACGAGCUCUCCGCUGCAGUUAGAAAAUUCAUUCCACCCAUGAGCAAAUCGAUAUCUCAUCAUGCAAUGGAAAUCGGCGGUUCGGGAAGUGACGGCGAGAGCAGUGGCGGUCGAGAGGUUCGGCACAUCAACAUGCGGCGGCACAGGUUUGGCGCUGGGGUGCAAAGGAGCGCCACGAACGCCGACAUGCCGAACCGAGGGGGCACAAUCGCUGAAAGAUUGGCGGCCCUUCAAGCGGCGGGCGCGAACGACUGGCGUGCGAGAGUGUGUCGACUGAGUCCUGAUCGAGAGGAUAGCAAGGCUAUAGAACGUGCCAAGAAUAAGAUCAAUGAAUCAUUAAAUGUUGCAGUUGACGAUAAGAAGAAGGUGCUUAUAGAUGAAAAUGAAUUAGGAUCAAACAUUUUAGCCGAUCGAAGAAAUAAACUUGAAACAGCUGCACAGGGAUGGCGAAAACGCGUACCACAGAGCGACGCUUCGCUCUUCACGGUAGCGGGUCGCCUGGAACGCGACAAGGUCACCACUGCCACGCCGCCCAUCACACCACCACCUGCGACCACCCCACCAGCUUCAUCACCCGUCGUGACGCCCGCUGUACCACCACCAAACAGAUUCAGAUCUCGCAAGGCCCCUACGUCCCCAACCAACGGGUUCGCAUCGGGUCCUUUGCGUUCGGCGUCAUGUGCAGUUAUGAGCGCAGUUGUCGACAGCAAACCCAAAGAGGCGCCCAAGAUCGACCGCGAGUCGUUCAAAAGGAGCCAUUCUGUGAGCGAGAGCAUCAGCAGAGUCGAUCAGACAGAAGAAAUAUCUCCAGGGGCAGAGAAAUCCGGAUGUCAAGUCAGAGUUCCGCGGGCGGAUGAUGAGACAUUCCAGGCCUUCUUCACACCAGCUCUUCAGCAAGAGAUUAUUCUGUCAACAGACGUGGAAGUAGAUCUGGACGCCAUCGAUAGUGGUUCGAGGCAAUUACUAGCGAGUGAAUGGACGCGGAGGGCCAAACGUGAGAGGCGACAUGUCGCAUCCCGCAAUCCGCUGCGAGCUCUCGCCGCUAGGACUGACUUGCGAGAAGAGUAUCUCGCUCAGCCGCUCACUAUCCGGGACCAGUUGAUUAAGGAGAAAAUAACAGCCAACUGUGGUCUAGCGGCGGAGGCGUUAGCGGCGCUGGCGAGUAAAGAAGACUUCUCGAACGUCGCCUUACGAAGUGCUUCAGCCACAAACAUCCCCAGUCAAGGCACGAAACCACUCAUGAUGCUGCACGUUAAGGGGCGGAGACGAGUGCAGACUCGUCUGGUGGAGCCUGUCCAUACGAACGUCAACCGCGGCGACUGCUUCCUAUUGGUCACUUCCGAUCAGCUCUUCCUCUACAUUGGACUGUAUGCCAAUGUUAUUGAAAGAAACCGAAGCACAGACAUCGCACAACAUAUACUAAACACAAAAGAUCUCGGUUGCAAAACCUCAAGUGGAUUAAUUAAAAUAGAUGAACAAACCAAGAAUUUCUCAAACAAACAUUGGAACCAAUUUUGGUCUCUACUCGGAGUGACAGAGGAGAUCGAAAACUACAAUCCGGCUGAGACCGGAUCCCCUGAUGAAGAUGAAAUCUUCGAGUCAUGCAUCGUGCAAACAAAUAUGUGCUAUGAAGUUAUGGACGACGAAUUAGUGCCUAUUAAGGAGUAUUGGGGCCAACUACCAAAGAUUGCCAUGUUGCACCAAUCCAAGGUCAUAGUAUUUGACUAUGGCUCGGAAAUGUAUAUUUGGUAUGGAAAAAACGUUCCUCUUGAAAGCCGUAGACGGGCCGCACAAUUAGCACAAGAGCUCUUUGAUGAGGGCUAUAACUAUGAAGAAUGUCAUAUAAAUCCUCUAAACGCUGCUGCCUACCAAGGUGCUAGAGAAGAAUCCAAUACAUCCACCAAAUCUGCCAAAAGCAGACCGGAAUGGGCCAUACUAUCCAAAGUCACCCAGCAUAUGGAAACUAUCCUGUUCAAGGAGAAAUUCCUGGAUUGGCCCGACUACAGCCGCGUAAUCAAGGUCAAACCCCAGGAGUACAAGUCCAAUAGCACCGAAAUCAACCCGUGCGACGCCGAGGAAAUGUGGUCCAACGAAUACCAUGACCCCGAUCUCAUAUUAGAAGGGUCACAUGUUGGAAGAGGAACACAUUAUUAUGAUAAAGAAUCGAUGCGCUACUACGACAUUAAGACGAAAUCUGUCUGCAAGUGGGUUAUACAGGAGUACGACUAUCAGAAAGUCGACAACGAGGAGGAGAUCGGGGAAUUCUUUUCGGGUGACAGUUACAUUAUCAGAUGGGAGUAUCAGAUCACAGUCACCGGUCGCGAGUUGAACGGCAAACCAUCGAAACAUAACCUGACCGGUAGAGAUCGAUGCGCAUAUUUCUGCUGGCAGGGUAAAGAUGCUUCGUCUAACGAAAAAGGUGCCGCAGCGCUUCUCACCGUAGAGUUAGAUAGAGAAAAGGGGCCCCAAGUGAGAGUAGCUCAAGGGAAUGAACCGCCUGCGUUUUUGAAUCUCUUCCAAGGGAAAUUGGUUAUCCACCAAGGCAAGAGAGGAACAGAUAAAAGCCGAUACAAACUAUUCGUGACGCGGGGCAAUAUCCCGAACGAAGCUUAUAUGGUACAAGUGCCGUGCUCGGUUAGACAACUGCGCAGUCGAGGGUCGUUGAUUCUAGUCGAUACUGAAAAGUCGUGCUCAUACGUCUGGCACGGAUCGCGUAGUAUGAAACACACGAAGCAGAUCGCGGUCGAAUUGGCGAACAAGCUAGUUACUCGAAAAAGCAGUCUAUUUGGAAGCGACGAGAUAAAGAUAUGUGAAAUGAAAGAAGGGGAGGAAUCCAAGGAGUUUCUCGAUGGUUUGGGCGUAAUCAACAAACAGUACUACAGUUCUGUACUUAAUGGGGGGAAGGAUUGUGGAGGAGACAUAACCGCUAGGCUGUUCCAUUUCACGGACCUUGGGGGUCAAUUCGAGGCCAAUGAGGUGCUGUCGCCGCUUCGGCAUGAGACUCUGGCGACACCCUUUCCUUUUGAACAAAAGGAGUUGUAUUCGGCUUCGCAGCCAGCUCUGUUCCUGCUGGACGACGGCGCGUGUGUGUGGGUGUGGCAGGGCUGGUGGCCACGUGGGGAAGAUGGAGAAUUAGAGCCCGCGGAAAGGAACACCGGCGUAGGAGCGUUUGCGGGCCGAUGGCAAGCUAUGCGCGCGGCCGCCCUACGUACAGCGGACGCGUAUUGGCGCGUGUCCCGCCCCACCCGGCCGGACGUACGCGUUGUCGCCGCGGGACUCGAACCGCACUCCUUCACCGCGCUGUUCGACAGCUGGGCCGAGCACGACGAAGCCGCUGAGGCCAACAUCGCGCACGGUUACAAAUCGGGAGAGGUAGUGAGCGGUGCGGUGGAGCUGUCUCGCCUGACGAGUUGUGACGCUGUACUACCUAUCGCGGCCCUUCAGCGACGCCCUUUGCCGGAUCACGUCGACCCUCAUCAUCUGGAGAGGCAUUUGUCUGAACCCGAUUUCCUGGAGGCAUUCGGCAUGACCAAAGAAGAGUUUUCAGUGCUACCGGCAUGGAAACAGACCAACAUGAAGAAGGACGUCGGCCUGUUUUGACCCGUCGGCCAUUUUAUGUUGAGUCCCACCAAUGCGAUCUCAGCAUCGCCAAACGCCAUUGCGGCCUGAUGGUCUUUCGAGCCGGAGCAACGACCAUAGUGUAGAUUUUGUACAACUGUUAUGCGUCUCAAAUUAGAAUAAGACCGGCCGUUGGCUAGCUACACUGUGACAUGAAGUUUUAUUUUCUUGGUUGUUGUGAAACAUAUUUUAUUUAACUUAUCACCAAUUUAUUUCGGUAAUACCUUUUAGUUCUUCUGCCAUAUUAUAAGCUUUUGUACUACUUCGUAUUAAUCUAUAGAAAAAAAUAUCACAACAUUUUAAAUUUUUGUAUGUAAAUUUUUUUUUGCUGUCACUACCGCCAGUCCUAUUGUAAUUUUUGGCGCACCGUACCGCUAUUUCGUACUUUUUUACUGAACAAUGUCUGAAGGGAUUUGAUAAGAAUUAAGGCGCACGCUUUUGUAUUUACCAUAAUAGCAAGGGAAAAAAAAAAUAAACUAGAGUGUACGCGUAAGUCGUUUACCGCAUCAGACUUAUGCGAGCGGUUAAAUAUCUUAGCAGGGAUCGAACGCACAUGAGAUGGAAAUAUCUCGACGAGUCUGCCGAUGCGUGCACAAAUACAUUUUCUUCAACAUGUGCUAUUUUCUUUAUUAUCAAUUAUUUAUUGACUUUCAGUCGUUAUAAUUUUUCAUAUUUUUAUUGUACCUAGAGAUACGUACUUAACACAAAAUCAUUUCUUAAGUGCACUGCAUUACAUAGUUUCCUUACACUAAACGCAAUAAAAGUCAUGUCUCGCGAGUAAAAAAAUAUCGCUACUUACGACGCGAUAAACGACUUGCGCGUUCACGAAUAAAACGUAACUAUGUAUUCGUUCACGUGAUAUUUUCAUGUAACCGUCGUAGUUUAGGCGCGUAUUAGCGCGAUAGGAUUUGAUGUUCGGAAUUGUAUCGAAGGUUGUAAUUUGUCGCAUCCAUGGCAUGGUAUAUAUUAAUUUUAUUUAUUUGCGUAAAAUCGCAUUAACGACACAUCACGCGACGUAAAUUUGUAUCAUUUUCAUUUGGUCAUCUUAAUAAGUUAAAGUUUACACUUUUGAGGGAAGUCAUGUCGACACGACAAAGUCAAGUUUAGGUUCACUUUGUGACUUCACAAUUUCACAGUAAUGUUUGUCAGUACGAGUGACAGCGGUUUAUAGUGGGAUUUUACGCAUACUGUAGCUGUUUUGUAUAUAGUUGUUUUGUUUGUUUAUUUAUUGUUUUUAAUAUCAAUUUCUUAAUUUCUGUACUACUGUAACCGCAUUCUUACUUUUAUAAUAAUUAUUUGUAACAUAUUAUUAUUGUAGAUGUAUUUUAGUUCUUUUUUUUAAAUGAUUAAUUGUUUUAUAAAAAUUUCGCAUGGAUAUGACAAAGUGGCAAUGUGUACUAAAAGUGAUAUUUUUGUAUUUCGCGUAAAGUGUUAUUAAAAAAAAUUGCGUCGUAACUUUUGUGUAAUAAAAAAGUUCCCGCGACCAUAUUUUUUUUGUAAACGGUACGCGAAAUCUUUGUAGCAUAUACGAGUAUCUGGUCGAAAUGUUAUUUUAAAAGCGCUAGAUAACGGAUACUUCUAUUAUAUACGCUUUAGGGUAGGCUUUUAUAGUCUGUGAAGCGCAAAAGUAGUACAAAUACCGAUUUGUGUUAUGCAUAUGUGUAGAAUGCAUUCAAUAAACUUCAUUUACCUGUCUCAUGAUAUAAGUUAUAAAUUUCAUAUCUUUUGAAAUGAGAACAGAAACAUGUUUGUGCGUACUUUUGCGCCACAGAAGAUCUAUACAUUUUAACACAUCACAUAUCUUAUCUACUCAUUAGCUACUUUUUUUUACAGAGCGUUAGGUGGACCAUGUUGAACAAAUUUCUCUUGUAUUGCAAUCAGUGGCGUGCACUCCGUGCAACAUAAUAUGACAGGGUACAAUCAUCAUCAUCAGAAACCUAUAAAAGUCCACUGUGGCAAUAUAGGCCUCCCCCAAUGGAAGGGUUUCCCCAUAAUCACUAAGCUGGGUAGACGGAUUGGUGAUUGCAGUUCUUUCUUCGUUAUACUCUCUUAAUCGCCUCAAACGACACCCGCGGAAAGGGGAGGGGUUGUGACAAAUGUACGUGGUCUGCCGUCACCACACAAAAUACAAUGUAAGAAAGAAAAUAAAGGGAUUCGUGUUUAGUAUUACUAUCUGUACACUUUAAUCUACACAUUAUUCCUGUUUGUCACAUCACUAUAGUGUGCAGAUUCGCUUGCAAAGUCUUUUUGACUUUGUAUUACCUGCUGUAUUGUUCAAUUCGAUUUUUUAACAUUCAAAAAUAAAUUUAUAAAUUCUUAUAAGAUAAAGCACCACCAUCUUGGAUUAACGUAUUGCAUACUACAUAAGUUCGUUUAAAAUACUGUUGUGUUUAUAUCCUCUUUGCAAUGGUUACGUACAAACGAUACGAUAUCAUAUAACCUACUAUAUACUUUAAAAACAAUUCAGUACUUUUGAAUAUGUUUUUUAUUAGUGAAAAGUACAAUAAAAACCGUGUAGAACUAGCAGAUUAAAAAAAAUGUACUGGCUAUAUUGUAUACGGUUUAAAUGAUGUAGAGAGGAAAUCGGAAAUCUGCUGGCAACUUUCUUUAUUAUCUUACUGCACGCCACUGUUUGCACUCAUACUCUUGUAAGCUAAAUACAGAUAUACAUUUUCUAAACGUGUAUAGUUUUAAUUGAUUGAAAGAUUUUGAAUGAUGAACGGAAAAGCGAACAAAUUUUUCACAACUUCUUCCUAUAACAAUUUUAAUGCCAUACAUAAUCGAUGUUUUGAUUCGACAUUUUGUGUCUACCUGCUUAUGAUUCUAUAAACCUUCCCUCUAAGACUAUGUAUUUAUAUUCACAUAGUCUGAGAGAACUUGAUCCACAAUGGUCAAUAAAAAGAGACAUUUAAUGAAAACAAACUUUGACGUUAUUUGCGAGAGGAACAAAGAACAGUUAUGCCAGUUCAAAAUGAAGUAAUGUCUUAUCUAAGUAGAUUACAAGACAUACAUUUACCUUCCUUGCUACCUGUACGUGCUAAUUGGGACAAAGGUACAUUGACCCCAUGGUCAUUAAAUCAGGGGCUGCAAACCUUUUAUACACCAAUUAUAUUUUGUUAGUCUUUGUUUUUUUUUAGUUUUUUUUGACCUUGAACAAGCUAUCUUAUAAAUUUUUUCGUAAAGAUAAUAAAAGGGACAGAAUUUUUAAUUUUAACAAUCUGUGAGUAUACUAGCACGAGUUCUCUAAACAUUAUGCACCGGCAAAUCGGUGUCGUAACUUUAUAUGGCGCCCAAUGUCUUAAAUCAGCAUCUAAGAGGUAGUGAAUCCUGUUUUUUCUCUAGGAAUCACCUAAAUGGCAUCUGUGUAUUUUUCUCUCGCAAACAAAUAACAUCGAUAUUUGUUCACGUUAAUUAUCUGUUUAAGUUGAUCAUCGUUUAGUAACCUAAUUUUCCGUAAUUACUCACCUGGCUCUCAAAAUACGUUAAAACGAUAUUGCUAUGUUGUCUACGAUUGAAAUGUUUAUUUUUGUAACUACUUUAGCUUUAAUUAUGUAUUUUAUUGCAUCGUGCUACGUUAUUAUGGUGAAUCGUUGUUCAGUUAUUCAAUAAUUAUUUGCAAUCCUCGUUUAUGGACAGCAUGGAAAAUUUUCGUUGCGUCAUUCAUAAUGUGUGCGAAAAAAUAUAAAACGCAUAAUAUUAAGCAUGUGCGAAAUAAUAAUUUCUUAUAGAACUAUUUUUUUUUAUUGACGUAAGAUUAUGAGAAUAAUAUGACAGUUGUUUUUUUUACAUAACUGCCUAAACAUACUUGACUUGUUAAAAUCUUUAUAUAAUUUGGGUGCCAAAAAAAUUGGUCAAUGAUCUUGAUACUGUUGACAGUCUAAAUGGCAGUCAAAAGUAUGAACAUAAAGCUGUCAUGUCGCAUUGAUCGCGAUUGGCAUUGUAAGAGCGACCGAAACGAAAAAUUUGUCCUUUCCCGCAGAGUUCCCUUAACGUAAACAAAUUGACAGUAUAUCUUGACAGUUCUUGACGAUUCACCAUAAUUGCGGGUUUCAAUUUGUUCGCGAGAGGGCGCCAGUAUUGUGUAGGGAUUACUGCCAAUGAGUAGAAAAUAACAUUUUAACUAUCGAGUCAUAUUAUAGUUAACGUACUUAGUUAACAUAAAAGUAACCUAUAUUUUAUGCAUUUACGGCCGAUCCUAUACGGGCCUACCGUGACAUAAACGUAUCUCUUAAAUCCAAUGUUUAAUGUUUUGCUUUGGUUGUGUUACUUAUACUAUAAUUUGAUUUAUAAAAUUUGAAAUACAUUCUGAUUGCUAAAAUCUGAAAUA